AAACUGCGCUAGUUGGAGGUGUGGACUGCUAUGAGCGACGAACCCAAGGGCGACAAGCCCGCGACCCUGCGCAUCCCGUCUGCAACGAGCCCCCGCUGCACGACCACGGACCCGGGCACGCCGCCGAAUUCGGCGACGACGCCGUCGGGCUCGCGGAAACGGCAACGUUCCCGGAGCCGCUCCUCGUCGUCCCGGCGCCGCGAGAGCAAGGACCGGUCCCCGCGGCCCCGGCGCGAGGACGGCGCCGACGACGCCAAGGACCGCGCCCGCGCGCUCUACGGCGAGGGCAAGCACGCGGAGGCCGCGGCCGCGUUCCGCGCGCUCGGCGACGCGGCCGAGAGCCCGGCGGAGGCGAGCCGCGAGUACGCCAACGAGGCCGCGGCCUACCUGAGCGCCGCCGUCCACGACGCGGAGAAGUGCGACGAGUACGCCUGCCAGGCCCUCUGCGCGUCGACGCUGGCGCUCGAGCGGGACCCCGACAACGCGCGGGCGCGGCUCCGCCUCGGCAAGGUCUUCGUGCUCCUGGGCGACGUCGCCGAGGCGCGCAAGGUCUUCCGCACGCUCGCCGGGUCCCCCGACGCCGACGUCGCCGACGAGGCCGCGCGCGCGCUCGACCGCCUCGCGCAGCGCGACGUCACGGAGCGCCACGCGAAGCACGCGCGCGCCAAGUCGCGCCACCUCGACGCGCUGGGCCUCGCGCCGGCCCAGGGCUGCUCGACGCCCGACGUCAAGCAGGCCCACGCGACCCAGCAGCGCCGCCACGAGUUCGAGACGUCGAGCCGCCGCCGCGAGUCCGUCAACCGGGCCCGCUCCGCGCUCAAGGCGGCCCACGAGGCCUACGAGGUCCUCCUCCCGACGGAGACGCGCCGCAAGUACCUCUGGAACUUCGACACGGUGGGCAAGCGCGUCCAGCUCGGCGCCGCGCUCGGCGGCGAGGCGCUCGUCCUCGACUACGACGAGCCCACGAACACGCACCUCGUCCAGCUCAAGGCCACGGGCGCCAAGCGCCGCGUCAAGCUCGAGGCGCCCGACGACGCGGGCAGCGGGGCGCCGUAAAGGACCGCUCUUUCGUGUG